AUGAUGUUCAACAUAUUAAACAUUGAAUAUCGAUGUGUAGCGGCAGCGCUCUAUCCACCUGAUGAUCUUUUGGUCACAUCAAACGAUCAAUUACGCCUGAUGAAAAUGUACAAUGAUCCAAUUGCAAUAGAUCCAACGGAAUUAUUUGAUAUGGACCGUGACAGAUUGGGACUUGCCAAAAAAGCGAUGCGAAAGUAUCUGGAGCCAGAAGAUGUUGAAAAGAUGGACAAGUUGGAGACAACAAGAUUUUUGUUGCCUGAAAGUAUGAGUGAUAAGGAAAAUAAAAAGUAA